GGAAAUUUGCUGGAAUCCAGAGUGAUGGAUCCAUGUUCAGUUGGAGUUCAGCUUCGUACCACAAAUGAGUGCCAUAAAACCUACUACACUCGUCACACUGGUUUCAAGACUUUGCAAGAAUUGUCAUCAAAUGAUAUGCUUUUACUUCAACUUAGAACUGGAAUGACACUUUCUGGGAACAAUACCAUUUGCUUCCAUCAUGCAAAAAUUUACAUUGACAGAUUUGAGGAUUUGCAGAAGUCAUGUUGUGACCCAUUUAACAUACACAAAAAACUAGCCAAAAAAAAUUUGCAUGUAAUUGACUUAGAUGAUGCCACUUUUCUGAGUGCAAAAUUUGGAAGGCAGCUUGUACCUGGUUGGAAGCUUUGUCCAAAAUGUACACAGAUAAUCAAUGGAAGUGUGGAUGUUGAUUCUGAAGACCGGCAGAGAAGAAAACCUGAUUCGGAUGGAAGAACUGCAAAAGCUUUGAGGUCAUUGCAGUUUGCAAACCCAGGAAAGCAAACUGAAUUUGCUCCAGAAACUGGUAAAAGAGAAAAAAGAAGGCUCACAAAAAAUGCAACUGCUGGUUCUGACAGACAAGUGAUACCAGCGAAGAGUAAGGUCUAUGAUAGCCAGGGUCUCCUAAUUUUCAGUGGAAUGGACCUUUGUGACUGCCUCGAUGAAGACUGUUUAGGAUGUUUCUAUGCUUGUCCUGCCUGUGGUUCCACCAAAUGUGGAGCUGAAUGCCGUUGUGACCGCAAGUGGCUGUAUGAGCAAAUCGAAAUCGAAGGAGGAGAAAUCAUUCAUAACAAACAUGCUGGAUAAUUUGUGGUAUCAAAUUAUGGGCUCUUUAAAGAUGCCUUCUCUAUUUCUAAAAUUCUAUCAUCCUAAGAUAAAUUUUAAAGUUGAUUGCCAAAUGACAGAGAAUUUGAAAACCACCUCAACAUACAUUCACUGGGCACUAAAGUUGCAUUUAGGGUGCUUUAAGAUUCAUUAUCUGAUGGAAAUUUAGAUGGGCUAUUCCUCAGCAGUCCUCUUUAAGCCUGUCUGGGUCAAUGUUAACAAGGAGGCAAAGACCGUCCUCCAUUAGCACAGCUCAAAUUUCAGUUAGCACGGUCUGUACUGUGAGCAGUUAGGUGAAGUACAGACUUCCCUGAUAGCCCUUUGGUCCAAGGAUCAUUAUGUAACAGACGUGCUUCAUCAUCACUGACCAAUCACAGUACUUCUCUCAAAUUCUGCUGGUGAUUGGUUACUGCACAUCUGUCAUUCAGUGCACUCACAGCGAAGUAUGUGGUUGUGUUGUCCUCUUAUCACCCAUGUGACAUUUUACAAAAGUAGAUCAUCAAAAGAACUGGCCAACAAAGAUAAAAAUGAGUGAAGAAAUGAAAAAUGGUAAUGCUAGAUGUGAGAUUUGAACUGAAUGGUAAGUGGAGUUACGGAAGAAAUCACUGAUGGGAAUUUUGAGUCUCAGUAUGCAGCUGAGGGGACCUCAUGGAGACAAGCUUCAUGUAAUAAGGAAAUUGGUUGUGACGAGAAGGUUGAAUAGGUCCCAGAGGAAUUGAUGGUAAAAACUUCACAUUAAAGGAGAUUAGUUAUUUUGCAACAUUGAAAGUACAAAUGAUAAAAUGGUGGAAACUGAUCCAAACUUGAAUAUGACAGUUCGCAAUGGCAUAGAAUAGAUGCUUACUUAGUAUCCUAAGUUAACAAAAAGGCAAGUAUUGUUCAAACCCCUUUUGAUUAGUU